AUGCCUUGGAAGGGAAUCGUUGUGUCCAGAACGUUCGAUGCGUUCCUUAAUUCAGGAUACACGAAGUCUUGCGGGACAGAACCGGUUGGUCGAGGGGGGAACUCGGCACAAACUAAUAGCCGCAUAUUGGCUAAACGUGUGGUGCAGUCGAAAUGCGGGAAUGAAGCAAACAUUAUUGUCAGAGCGAACAAUGGUGGAUUGGAGUUGACCAACCGUUUAUUACGUUAUUGUGGCUUGAGAGACCUAUUUGUGCAGAAAAAGGUCGGAGAGAAGGUCUCCAUGUCAAGACGCAAGGCAGCCAACGGGACAUCGAAGAAAUCGAAUGGCACCAGUCAUGAAGUUGUGACGUUACACCAUAGGAGCGCCCUCAGCGAGGAGUUUCAGCAAGAAAAUUGCCAUGCACAUCGCUUGAAUGCAGAGAAUAAGUACAGCAGAAAGUGUCCGGAGCAAACACUUCUGCUUCAAAAUUGGGUAGUGUUGGAAUCUGAAGCAGCUGAGAAACCAUGGGUCAACCCUGUGAGGCAGCGAGACGAAUUUCAAGGUGGUAUUAUACGUAUGAUGCGGGAUUUUGACGCGCGGUCAGCUCAAAACAUCGGAAGUUUCCGUAGGCACCUUCGCCCUACAAGAUCACUGAGUGUCACCGAUUGGGAUGUUGGCGAAGCAGCGGCAAAAACGAUCGUGCGAGAAACCGAGACGUGA